AUGGGUAAUAUUUGUGGAAAGCCAGAAUUGGGAUCUGCCGAAGAGAUCAAGGCAAAUCAAACCAUUAAUUCAAUGUUAAAGCAUGCACGUGCAAGAUUAGAAGGUGAAAUCAAGUUACUUUUAUUAGGUGCUGGUGAAUCUGGAAAGAGUACAAUUGCAAAACAAAUGAAAAUUUUGCAUUUGAAUGGUUUUACCGAUGAAGAAAGAGCAUCAUACAAGACUAUCAUCUAUAAUAAUACAGUUGGAUCAAUGAGAGUAUUGGUCAAUGCUGCCGAAGAAUUAAAGAUUGGUAUUAGUGAACAAAAUAAGGAAGCAGCAGCUAGAAUUGCAAAUGAUUUGGGUGAACAUUUCAAUGGUGUUUUGACACCAGAAUUGGCAAGAGAUAUCAAGGCAUUAUGGUCAGAUCCAGGUAUUCAAACUGCUUUUACUAGAUCUUCAGAAUUCCAAUUAAAUGAUUCAGCUGCUUAUUAUUUCGAUGCAAUUGAAAGAAUUUCAAAACCAGAUUAUUUACCAACUGAACCAGAUGUAUUGAGAUCACGUACAAAGACAACAGGUAUUAUCGAGACAGAGUUUGAAGUACAAGGAACCAACUUUAGAAUGGUCGAUGUUGGUGGACAACGUAGUGAACGUAAAAAGUGGAUGCAUUGCUUCCAAGAGGUUACGGCAGUCAUUUUCUGCGUUGCUCUCUCUGAAUACGAUCUCAAGCUCUACGAAGACGACACUACCAACCGUAUGCAAGAGUCGCUCAAGCUGUUCAAGGAGAUUUGCAACACCAAGUGGUUCUCCAACACUGCCAUGAUUCUUUUCCUCAACAAGCGUGAUCUUUUCGCCGACAAGAUCACCAAGUCUCCACUCACUGCCUGCUUCCCAGCAUACAAUGGUCCAACCACCUACGAGGCUUGCUCUGAUUAUAUUAAACACCAAUUUUUAAGUCAAAAUGAGAAUCCAAAGAAACUCAUUUAUCCUCAUCUCACCUGUGCCACCGAUACCUCUAAUAUUAAUCAUGUCUUUAACUCUGUUAAAGAUAUUGUUUUAAAUAUUACUUUAGAUGAAGCUGGUAUGGCUAUCUAA